GUGGCGCAUGCUUGCGGGGUGAUGCUGGGAAGAUGGAGUCCCUCGUCAAGUGUGCUGGUUGCGGAAAGAAAACCGGAGUGAAGACCAACGGCCACCGGAACUCGUGGACUGCAGUUUGCAACGCGCCUUGCAACGAGCGGGGUGGGCCACGCUAUGACAUGGAUGAUGGAGCGGCCAACAGUGCUUUCACCAGUGGGCUUCGUUCUUCGGGCGCCCAG